AUGUUAGUAUUGAAAAACAUGUUCCUUGACAAAAUAAAACCAACUACAGAAAUAAAUGACGCAAGACUGAAACAUUGGGUAAAAGCUUUCCCAUUCACAAAAGAUAUUAUUGGUAACAUGGAAAGAAAACCAGAAUGGCUACAAAAACAUAUAUUUGGAAACGAGCUUAUUCCAUAUGGACAAGCUCUGUUUGAAGAGCUUGAACCGGAAACUCAGGAAAGAGUCAUGCAAACAAUACGCGAAGACUCAAAUACAAACUAUGACAAAAUCUUUCUAGGAUAUAGGUUACCUGAGAUGGGCGACCAGAGCCCAAAGGCAAAAAGGACAUGGGAAAUUUACAACAUACUAGGUGAACAUGAGGCAAAGAUGCUACAACUUGAAGCAGAGGGCAAGUUACCAAAAGCGACACCAAAGAAGAAGAGAAGAGUAGAACAAAGUGAAAGUAGUGAAGAAGUAACUUCAUCUAGUGAAAGUAGUGGCAAUGAAGGAAAAAGAAGAGUUAAAAACUCAGUCAGGAAGAAAGUAAAGCUUGGUACGAGUGGGUUCUAUUAUGACACAUAA